AUGGCCACGAAGAAAGAUGUUCAGUUCAGAAAAGAUCUGGAGGAUCUGGGAGUUGACGCCGAUAUCAUGGAUGAUAUUAUGGACAUACAUAACAUAAAUCCAAAUCUUGUGCCCUAUGAAUGCAAAAGGCAGUAUAACAUCAAGAAAAACGAAGAGAAGCUACGAUCUCUAAAUCUUAUGGAUAUUAAACUUGAAAUGAGAUCCAAAACCUCUCAAUCACAGAAACGGAAGACUUGGACACCAAAGCCAAAAUCCACAACUCCCCUGGAACCAGCCAGGAAAUCUGCAAGAAUUGCUGGAAUUAAGCCAAUUCACUAUAAUACCUCGGAGUACCUGGUACCUCUGCGCGUGCGGUUUCAAAGAUCUGAAAGACCGAGGGCCCCAUCUAGGCCUAAGCUUGCAUUUAACGAUAUUGUUGACAUCAAAUCAGACUCCGCUGGUCCAAUCUUAGAUGUGCUAAAGAAAACAGUAGACAAAGAUCUCCUCGUAACCCCUCCAAAACUCAAAUCUGAAGACUCCACUAUUUUAGAAGACAUCAGAAAUCUACACCUCGACCAAAGUCAUAUGGCAAAAUUGUGUAAAGUUCGGCUAUCCUCAAUGGCAAUUCAUCCUGGACAUAAACUGAUAGUGGCAGGUGGCAGUAAACAAGGUGAGGUAGGUUUGUUUGUGCCUGGAGAAAAGAAGGUUACAAUUCGACUAGAACCUCACACUAACUUAGUUGGAGGUUGCCAGUUUUCUUGGAACAAGUUAUUUACAUCCUCGUAUGAUUCUUCCAUUCGGAUGUUCGAUUUUGAAACACUACAGUACGACCAGCUGUAUUCAGACCCAGAGUUGUGCUUCAGGUCGUUAAAUGUUUAUAACGAAAAUGAGGUGUUGGUUGCUGGAACAAAUGGACAGGUUUUUAAGGUGGACGUGAGAGAGAACAUUAAGGUUUGUGAGUAUCCUGCUAAACCGGACUUCAGUAAAUAUGGGUCAUUGUGGGCACUGGAUCAUAGCAAAUAUGACACAAACUACUUUUUAUCCACCUCAAACAAUGCAACAAUUGCAGCCUGGGACCAUAGAAAUACCAAACAUCCAGUAGAUAUGAACACAAGUCAUGCUAAAACAGUGAGCAGUGCUAUUUUUGAUCCUAUCAGGGGUAAAAGAAUUGUGUCAGUUGGCUAUGACGAUAAAGUGUGCAUACUAGACUUUAGCGAUAAGGCUAAAUUAUCAGAAGUUAAGAAAUUCUCUCAUUGUAAUAACACAGGUCGCUGGAGCUGGCUCACCAAGUUCCAAGCGAGAUGGCAUCCAUCAAGUGAUGAACUGUUUGUUAUUGGCUCCGUGGCUCAGCCGCGUCGUGUUGAAAUCUAUAAUAUGCAAGGAAAAAUGGAGUGCACUCUCUCCAGUGAGAAUAUUGGCUCAAUUCAGUCGCUUGUACAGUUUCAUCAUUCACAGAACGCUCUUGUUUGUGGUACUGGUAAUGGGAGCGGAUAUUGUUAUAUUUUUCAUAACGAUUGAUAUUCUCAAUUUUGGAGGGCAUUUCCUGAAAGUCAUUUGCUACGAUUUUAUAAGUCGCAUUGACAUUACAGAGCACACAAAAUAAACCAGAGCUCGUGUUAUAACUUAUUAUAACUUGGGGUUUUUAGCUCUCUUUUUUAACUUUAAAUUCAUCUUUUGAUCAAAUAAAAGAUCGAAGGUAUUUUAUUAACUUAUAAAUUUUUACCAGAUUCUAUCAUGUUUUUCAAUUCCAGACCCUUUUAUGUAAUAUAUUCUAUCAUAUUCUGUAAUCUGUAUGUUAGUUAAAUUAACUACAUGACAAAUUUUUAAUUUAUUUCAAUUGUAACCGUUUCGAUACUCAAUGCCAGUUGCAGAGUUUUAAUACAAUUUUGAUAAUUGAUUUU